CUCUCUGGUAAAGUGGUAGCACAAAUCCUUUAAAUUCAUAAAUGUAUAUGAUUUAAGUACGUCCAUCAAUAAAACAUAAAAAAAAACUAUGAAUCAUUAAACAGGCAGACCAGUGCAGGUCCAAGACAUACGCCUAGUUAACCAGGAGUUAUAUCCAUAUCGAGGUACGGUCGAACUGAAAAUCAACGACGAAUGGGGAACCAUCUGUGACAACAUGUUUGGCGUGGAAGAGGCAACUGUUCUUUGCAGAAUGAUGAAUGCAAGUUACCGUUCAUUCACAACAAAUGCCGGUUAUGGAACAGGAUCGGGCAAGGUACAUUUUGCCAACUUACACUGCUCAGGGUCUGAAAAGGAUGUUAGUGCGUGUAUGUAUCAGUCUUCACACAAAUGCAAUCACUCUGACGAUGUGGGUAUUCAAUGUACAGUUUCUACUUUCAAUAUUACCAAGAUACGUUUGGCUAAUGGAGCUAGUUCAUUUAUUGGACGAUUGGAACUUUUUGCCAACGGCCGAUGGGGUUCAGUGUGUGAUGAUUCCUUUAAUUCGAAUUUUGGCGAGAUGUUCUGUCGAAUGAUGAAUUUGACUUAUAUUCAACAUAAUUGUUGCUCAAUGUAUGGAAAUGGAGCUGUUCUUAUUGAUAUGAGAAGUUGUCCAUUACUGGCCAAUCAUAUUGACGAGUGUUCCUAUUUACCGCUUCCUAGUUAUUGUAAUCCAUAUGAAACUGUGUCACUCGUCUGCUCAGGUUUGUAUAUGUUUCUAUUUUAA